AGGGCAGUUCCCAAAGUUUGAAUAAUAUCUUUUAUAAAUAUUUUAGAUUUAUUACUGGAAGUUAUGAUCGUACAUGUAAAAUAUGGGAUACCCUUUCUGGUGAACAAUUACUCUCAUUGGAAGGCCACAAGAAUGUUGUUUUCACUAUUGCUUUUAACAAUCCAUAUGGAAAUAAAAUUGCAACUGGGUCUUUUGACAAAUCCUGCAAAAUCUGGGAUUCAAAAACUGGUGAAUGUUACAAGACACUCAGAGGUCACACCGAAGAAGUGGUCUGUCUAGGAUUUUCAGGGGAUAGUAACUACCUAGUAACUGGAAGUAUGGAUGCAAGAAUUCUUUUGUGGGAUGUAGAAACAGGCAAAAAUCUCGUGCCAUUAGUGGGUCACACUGGAGAAGUGAUAACAGUUUCUUUUAAUUCUUCUGGAUCUUACUUGUUGUCAGGAUCUUUUGAUGGAACAGCAAGGAUUUGGGACUCUAGAACAGGACAAUGUUCCCGGGUGCUAAUGGGUCAUAAAGCUGAGCUCACAUCCUGUAAAUAUAACUGGGAUUCUUCUCAUGUGGUUACUGGCUCUAUAGAUAGAACUUGCCGUCUCUGGGAUCCUGGGACAGGUACAUAUAUACUAUAGUUUCAAUGCAAUUUAAAGAAAUAGAAAAUGGUAAUGAAUGCAAAUGGUAAACUAACAUUUGCUUAUUGUAUUCCAUUUUUGACUUUACAAAGGGUCAAAUCUCAUUUUUAUGUAAAAAUUUCAUAUGAUUUAAAAAGGUCAUUAACUAUUCAUCCUAUAAAUUAUUUUUUGUACAAUAAAUUUACCUUUUCUGUACAAGGCAUAUUAUGUAUUCUAGUAAACUUGUCUGCAUUAAAAAGCAAUUUCAUUAAAAACUAAAUCGAUGGCAAGAGGGUAUAGAUCUA